AUCAAACUGAACUGUGUCGCAAGUAUUGCCGACCUUUUUGUUAUCGCUAGAAAUCGUCAUCAAAUAUUGGUAAUUUUAUUAAUAAAAUAAACAGAAAAGUGGAAAAAAUCUGAAAAAGAUCUCAGCCGAUCUCAUCCGCUCUCUCUCGGUUGGAAUUUUGCAGCCGCCGCUCUACUCCCUGGAUUUUUCUGCGCUCAGCGUCUUCCUCUGCCGCACGUCGGCAAUAGUUCUCCUCCCUCCAGCUCGCCGGCGUUAUCCUCUGCGCCGCUUUGGCUUACAAAAAUCCUGGCUGCCGGUGUUUAUCUCCUCACGGCGCCGCCCUGGGACUCUUCAAAUACCCUGCCGUGCUCUCUCUCUUCAAUGUUCCUCUCGUUCCCUGACGAGCUGCCAUGGCGUCCACGUCUGUCGCGGUAUCCUGGCUCCUCGCCCAGGACGGCACUCGGCCCUGCCCCUACCCCAACUUCCUGCACGCCAUGGAGAUUUCUUCAAGCUCGCUCCAACGCCGCUCCUUUUCCCCAACCGCGCCAGGCGGUCUGUCUCCCUGUGCGCUCGAUUUAGUUCGGUUUCUUCCCUGGACGCGCGCUCUGCAGCUUGCCGGAGCACCCUGCGUCGCGCCCGGGUGCUUUGCUUCUUGCUCGCCGAGCCCUCCCCAGCUCGUGGAUCUCCCUCGCCGGCGUCCUCUGCUCCUCCUGGUUGCUGAGGCCUCUCCUAUGGCCGCGCGCCGUGUUGGUCUCCGGCUCGCCCCUGCUCAUCUUCCCUUGGCCGCGGGCCCUUGCCAUGCUCGCCGAGCUCCCUCUGCUCUUCUCUGCUCGCCGAGAUUCUCCCUGGUGUCGUGCUCCUCCCCCUCACCCUGCUCGCUCGUAGCCGUGGCAGCUGAGCGGUUCUUCCCCCAGCACAUCCUCUACCCUGGUCGGCGUUCCUCUCUCUCCUCAUCUCCAUGGCCGGAGCUCCCAUGUGCCGUGCGCCCUGGUUCUUGCCCCCACGCGCGCCUGCUUCCCUGCUCGGAUUCAGUCCUGCGCGCAGCCGCUUUUCAUCUCCCUGCUCAGCUCGCUGCGCCAAACUGCCCAGCGCCGCGCGCCUGGCUCGGCCGUCUCUAGCUCGCCUUGCUCCCUGCUGCUCGCCCGGUCGAGCUCCCUGAUCGCCGCGCCGUGAAUUUUCCUGCGCGCGCGUGUCUCCUUGCGCACGCCCAGCACCCUGGAUUUCCGGAUCUCGCGCGCCCCUGGCUCCUCUGUUGGUCGCGCGGUUGUUUCUUGCUUCCUGCGCGCGCGAGCUCGCCAUCCAUUUUGCUCGCCUCUGCUUCCACCCAGAAUUCCCAUGGCCAGAGCUUUCCCCUAGCCCGGAUCUCACCCAGUCGCCCAGCUCGGCUCUGUCCAUACUCCAGCUCGCCCCCUCUGUUUGUUCUCGCUACUGGGUCGGGUCUGCUCGGCCGCUGAGUGUCCGACCCGCUCUUCUGCACGCAGUUCGCCCCAACUCCUGUCUGUAGUGGUCGCCAGUCGUCGACCCUGCUCGGAUUCCAUCUCGCCAGCUCGCUCCAGACUCGAUCUCGUCGUCGUUCCGCGCGUCAUCAAGAAUCCCAUGAAUCGGGUGAAGACAAAGCUAGCAGCGCGAUAUUCCCCAAGCGCUCGACAAUUGCCUGGAUCGAAAAAUCACUACCGAUCUCGUGGAUUCGAGUCAGCUAUUGAAACGGUACGUUAUAUAAUCGCGUGAUGCAGAAGACAAGCCAAGUCGACCCCAAGCGCGGGCUAACCCGCAGGAUGAUGCAGAUGGAUAACCCGAUCAAGUACCAAGACAAAGGCUACUCGUCAAGCAAACGUCGUCUAACAAUACUAACCUAGUGUUACUCAGGCAAGCCCUGGUGCAUUUGCCACCUCCUUGAUGCUUUUAAAAUCUUUCUCACUUGUUUGAUGCAUUAGGUGAUAGGAGUUGAUUGCUAAAACAAUUCUUGCAUUACCUUCCUUGAAUUUGAUUACCUUCCUUGAUCACCCGUUUUACAAAAGAAUUUUUAUGCUUAGCCUUGCUCUAGAAAAACAAAAUGUUUUGUUUUUACAAAAGAUGAUGUGGCAAAAGUGGGUGGGAUGUUUUUGAAAAUAAAACUUGAUGGUGGAUCCAUCUUGGUCGUGAUGGGUUCAACAUCGGAAAAGAUGUACCUCUGUCAGGUACCAAACUUUGGGUUUGAAAUGAUUAAGCUGAGACCGGGCGGGUGACUUGCACGAGAAAGGAGUCUCGGUGUAGUGUCUCCGUCUGAGUCGAUUAAGGACCGUGUCGAUGUAGGCCUGCUGACCGAGGACCCUUUAACUGGUCACAUGCCUCGUCAUGGGUAAGCCUUGCCUCGGGUAGACUAAGGCCAGAAUAAGAUAACACGGAAUGGGCGUGGAGCGGUGGCGAGAGUAGCGUGUACCCUCCGUCGCAAGAGGCUGGACGGUGGUGUAUCUGUGCUCUCGGUUGACGUGAACCUGAUCUGGUCUUAAGAACCCCGGUGGCGGGUUGACAUAUGCAAGGGUUAAGUGCUACAUAUGUCGUGUGAUUGGAGAUCCUCAGCUGAGUAUAAUCGAUUCGGAUCGCCGUACCUUCGCGGUUAUGAAGACUUUGUCACUGACUUAUACGUAGAACUCCAGUAAAGAUGAAGGGAUUGUUAAGAAAUUGGCUAGUGCAGGUCAAGUGAUUGAACUAGGGUAGAAAGAACUCUAGUUAUAGGUAAUCUUACUUAACCUGACAAAUUAAAAUUGGAUUUUUAAGGAUCCACUUUAGUAAGCAUUUCUGCAAACAGAGUCAUUGAUUAUUGAUAAGCCUUACCUUGACUCCCUUAAGCCAGCAUACCCUUGAGAGUCUUUUCUUUAGUCGGGUAAGUCUUGCUGAGUAAUUCCAUACUCAGGGUUUUAUUCCCUGUUGUUUUUCAGGUUCUAACUUUGUGCUAUUGUUGAUGGUGUUAAGUGCCGGUGGGCUCGGCCUUCUUAUAAGUCUAAGUAACCCUUCUAUACUUCUUAUUGAGGAUGAUCCCUUGAGCUAGCAUAUAUAUUUCAAACUUAUACUUUUGUAAUCACUCCGAUAAACUAAUGUAAUUUUUUUGUAACCUGUAAAAUUUGGUAGUAAGAUUUCCGCUGCAACAA